UUACGCAGACCUCCUGAAGGACAUGCCAACGAGAUGCGGUUUGAGUGUAGGCAAAUAAUUUUUUCUUCUGUGCUUAUGACAUCUGCCAAUUUGCAUGAAGACAAGAUAUACUCCGGGUGUCAGCUUUUAUGCGGACUGUCAGACUGAAAGCGAUAAUAAUUCGUACUGUAUUUAUGACUCUGGAAGUGUGAAGCAGGUAGUGACCCAUUUAAUAUGGUAAACAGUGCUUGCAAUACACAAGCAGCUCAUGUUAGAAUGGGGGCUCUGGCGUGGAAGCGGUGUGUUGGAUGUGGAUGCAAGAUUUCGGACCGCUUCCUCCUGUUUGCUUUGGAUGGGUACUGGCACUGCCACUGUCUCAAGUGCUCCUGCUGCCAAGCCCAGCUGGCUGAAAUUGGCUCAUCGUGUUUCACAAAGCGUGGCUUGAUUCUCUGCAAAAGUGACUAUUUAAGAUUAUUUGGCCACAGUGGUGCCUGCAGGGCCUGCAGUACCUCCAUCCCAGCAAAUGAAAUGGUAAUGCGUGCACAAGGCAAUGUUUUCCAUGUCAAGUGUUUUGUAUGCUCCAUCUGCCAUAACCAGCUCGUACCUGGAGACCGUUUUCACCUCGCAAAUGGAAAACUGUACUGUGAGCGGGACAAAUCUGCAGCUUCUGAACACUCAGAUUCACUCAGGGAGCAUGACAUAUCCCAACAAAAAUGCUGAGAUGCUAUUUUUUUGAGAUACUAUUGGAGCACCUAUCUUUGUAUUCAAGACCUCAUAUAACCCGGCAGUUGCUUUGUCAGCUACAGAGCAUUUUGAGAAGGUCUGAUAUCAUGGAAAUCCAACAUGUAUGGUAAUAUCUGGCAGUUUAAAUGAGGUUAACCAUUGGAGCUGAAAAGCAAUAUCAGCGAGCAUCCUUGCAUAUCAUAAUCAAUUAUGAAUUGGUUUUGCACAGAAUGACCUUAUAUGUUGUGGACCUGCAGUUUAUGUGUGGUGUCUGUGAGUUGCGAAAUUGUGUACUUUUACUUUCAGCCAGCAAAAAC